CGCCUGCAUCUUGCGCAGUGCGCACGUCUUCUCCGCUCACGACUUUACGCUUCACAUCCAGCUUUGCAUCAUCCACCAUGGCGAGCACUAGGGCAGAGCCGCUGUCCAUCGAGAGCUUACUUCAGAAACAGAAGGAGGAGAAAGAGGCUUCGUCCAAGCCCAGGUUCCUGACUAAGGAACAACGCGCGCAGCUUGCUAUAAGCAAACGUGCACAAGAGAUCAAGGAACAGCGCGAGAAAGAUGAGCAGGCAAAGCAGGACCGUGAACGCUUGGAGCGAGAGGCGGAGGAGAUCCAUCAGCGCGAGCGAGAGCGGGAACGUGCGAGCAGAUACGGAGGCAGUGGUCGAUACGACGACCGCUACGACCGGGAAAGAGACCGGGACAGAGGAGACAGCCGAUACGGUCGGCGGGAUGCUCGAGACAGAGACAGACGACAGACAGACGACAGACGUUCCGGGUCAUAUCAAGGUGUACCCACGGGCCCUCGCGCCGACCGAGGCAAAGCACCCCCAUCAGGCCCAGCAAGCAGCACCUCCACACCGCCACCAUCCUCCAUGCCCCCUCCCCCUCCACCCGGAUCGUCGACCAACGGCAUUCCUUCCAUCACCGCUGCAUCAGAGCCCUACGUUCCACCCAUGACCGAUAGCGACCUGAGCGCCAUUCGCUCGCGAUACCUCGGCGUCGACAAGAAGAAGCGAAAGAUCCGCAAGAUGAACGAUCGCAAGUUCGUGUUCGACUGGGACGAGCAGGACGACACGUAUAGUGCGGAGACACCUGCAGCUAUCGGGAGCCAAAGGCAGGGUGCGCAGGUUAUGUUUGGCCGAGGGCACAUUGCCGGGAUGGACGAUGGUGGAGGAACCGUGUCGGUGCGAAGGAACGGUGGGGAGGGCAUGCAGUUGGCGGAUUCUCUUGAGAGGAGGAAGGCUGCAAAGUCUGGCUUAGAUGAGAGGCACUGGACUGAGAAGUCACUGGAGGAGAUGAAGGAGCGCGAUUGGCGUAUCUUCCGAGAAGACUUCAGCAUUGCCUCCAGAGGCGGUCUGAUUCCGCAUCCUCUACGGUCAUGGGCCGAGUCGUCAAUACCGCAACAAAUCCUCGAUGUCAUUGCGAAGAUUGGCUACAAGGAUCCGUCGCCUAUCCAACGUCAAGCAAUCCCAAUUGGUCUACAGAAUCGAGAUAUCAUUGGCAUCGCCGAGACCGGUUCCGGUAAGACCGCCGCCUUUGUCAUUCCUAUGUUGGCGUUCAUCUCCAGCUUGCCGCCAUUCACGGACGACAUUAGACACCUGGGUCCCUAUGCACUUAUCCUCGCACCUACUCGUGAGUUGGCUCAACAAAUCGAGUCGGAGACGAAGAAGUUCGCGGGCCCGCUUGGAUUCACCUCCGUGUCUAUCGUUGGAGGACGUUCUGUAGAAGAACAACAGUUCAACUUGCGUUCCGGUGCAGAGAUCAUCAUCGCCACGCCUGGUCGUCUCAAGGAUGUUAUCGAGCGUCACGUCAUCGUGCUCUCCCAAUGUCGCUACAUCGUCAUGGAUGAAGCCGACCGGAUGGUGAACCUGGGUUUUGAGGCGGACCUUACCUUCAUUCUUGAUAAGCUCCCCAGCGAUACGAUGGAGGGCGAGGACCAAGGCGAGCAGAUGGACGUGGAUGGCGAGACGAUGAUCAAGAAGGGCCGUACGAGAGUGACAACGCUGUUCUCUGCGACUAUGCCUCCGCCUGUCGAGCGUCUCACCAAGAAGUACCUCAAGAAGCCCGCUAUCAUCACAAUUGGUGAGGCAGGCAGAGCUGUGGAUACUGUCGAGCAGAAGGUUGAAUUCGUCAGCGGAGACGAGAAGAAAAAGCAGAAAAUCUUGGAGAUUCUCAACAGUGGCGCAUACGCCGCGCCGAUCAUCGUGUUUGUCAAUCAGAAGAAGACUGCAGAUAUGGUGGCCAAGGAUCUCCAGCGUGCAGGGUGGAACGCCGCGACGUUGCACUCCGGCAAGAACCAGGAGCAGCGAGAGGCGGCGCUGCAGUCCCUGCGCACCGGCGACUGCGACAUCCUCGUUGCCACUGAUCUUGCUGGUCGGGGUAUCGACGUGCAGGACGUCAGCUUGGUUAUCAACUACCAGAUGGCGAACACCAUCGAGUCAUACGUGCACCGUAUUGGUCGAACCGGUCGUGCUGGGAAACAAGGAACUUCGAUUACUUUCCUGACGAAUGACGACGAUGAAGUAAUGUACGAUCUCAAGCAAGAGAUAUCGAAGAGCCCGGUGUCGAAAGUGCCUAUCGAGCUGGCGAAGCACGAGGCGGCGCAGCACAAGGUGUCCAAGGAGAUGAAGAGGAAACGGGAUGCGGACGACCAGGGCUGAGGCGCGAGUCGGGUGUUCACGGUACCGUGCGUGGGGGAGAGCCUAGCAGAUGUAUAAGUUGGGCGAUACUAG